GUUACCCCCGUUUCCCCUCCCCCUUCCCUUUUCCAGUUGACUUCCCGGGUCCCCUAGAAAGACUCCACUGCCCCGGUCCUACCAUGUCCCAGAAACAAGAAGAGGAAAACCCUGCGGAGGAGACGGGCGAGGAGAAACAGGACAUGCAGGAGAAAGAAGGCAUUCUCCCUGAGAGAGCUGAGGAGGCAAAGCUAAAGGCCAAAUAUCCAAGCCUAGGACAAAAGCCCGGAGGCUCCGACUUCCUAAUGAAGAGGCUCCAGAAAGGGCAAAAGUACUUUGACUCAGGAGACUACAACAUGGCCAAAGCCAAGAUGAAGAACAAGCAGCUGCCCAGUGCAGGAGCAGACAGGAGCCUGGUGACCGGUGACCACAUCCCCACCCCUCAGGACCUCCCCCAGAGAAAGUCCUCGCUCGUCACCAGCAAGCUGGCGGGGUAACCUACCCCCAUCUCCUCCCCUUCCUCUCCCACUGGACUUUUCUAUGUUGUAGGCAGGGAAUGGGCACCUACUCAGAGCUCAGCUUGUUAGCCAGGAAAACACGUUGCCCGGGGCUGCUGAGACAUUGUGUAGGUUGAAGAAGGGCUCCGGGUUCUUUUCUUUGGUUGAGACUUGUACAUGCUCACUGUAGCCCAGAGAGGGACCCGAAAUAGAAAAGAUGAGGACUGGAUAAUGCUGCAAACUUUUAUCUUUUGUGAGGAACGCGUGAGAUGUGAUGUCUCCUUUUGAAAGAGAAUGUCCCAGAAUUGGCUAGGCUGAGUCUUGGAAUGGUGUGGCAGGUUUAAUAUCCCAAGGCUAACCUCCCUUGUCAUUGGGAAAGGUA